AUGCUCCAGCGAGAGGGCUUCGUCGUCGCCGAUAUGAGCGCACCGACCCCUUUGCAGCGCUCCAGCUGGAAGGCCGAGGCCAUCAGAAGAGGCAAUCUCAAAAUCAGUGGGCCAAUGCCUAUAACAGAGGAUACGCCCUUGAAUGAAGAGGAAGAGAAGGAGUUUGCGGAGAAAGGGGGCCUGGAGAGCUCGCGGCAGACGCAGGAUGUGCCCGAAGAGCAAGUCCACCGACCCGAGACCCCGCCUCAGCCAUCCCAACCUCCUCCAAGUAUUCCAGUCCAGGCCUCAGCUUUGCGGUCCAAUCCUGUACAGGCGCAGUCACAGUCCCCGCAACCAGAAGAGUCACUUGCUAGCCCACAGACGAGAUCUCCUCCUGGGAUGCUGCAAGUGGUCGAAAAUGUACAGCGCCAAAGCGAGGCACAAUCGAUUCCAUUGAUAUCGCCAUCACCAUAUCGAGCAACUCCGGACGGCACCACGAUUUCUACGCAGAAUACGCAGAAAAAGAAGCGUAAAAGCGGGCUAAGAGGUGUCUUUCGGAAAAUGUUUGGUCGAAAGAGCCGGGACGAGAACGAAAUCGGCGAGGAGGAUGUUGUGCACCGUGGCCACAACUACCACCACAGCGAUCCAGGACUGCUGCAACGACAAUCACCGCCUAGGGAGCAGAAGACGCCAAAUGGACAGCGGAUAUCGGAUCUCCCAGUCAAAGAUCUGCAACCUUUGCGUCCUCUUGGCCAGCACCUGCCAUUUCCCAUGAAUGUCAACGCGCCGCAGGCAAGCCCACCACAUGAUUAUUUGACUUUUGAUUCGCAAAAACUGCACUUCGGCCGUCGUAGAGCUUCGUUGCCUACAGUGCCAUGCGCUAGUACGCAUCGUCACAGUUUUGACGAAUCUCACGGUCGACUACCCACAUGGGAGGAGAGGCUGGAGGACGAUGACAUGACCUCGCCCGGUAUUGGCAUCGCCUUGUCAAGCCCCGUUCAACCGACUCCGCUCCCACAAAAGCGCAGAUCAAGAAGUGCAGAUGCGUUGCGCGAUAUUGUCAGAGACCAUGCCUCGUUUGAGGGGGGACGCAAUGCUGAAAUCAAGCGCUGGCGGGAAAGCUUUGCAUCUGGUAGUGUCUACAGCAGACCGCAAACUGCGAAGACGGUGGAGACGGUGCAGAGUGUUCAGAUGCAGGAGCCUGAAUUUCACCCGGUGGCUUCAAUACAACAGCCGGAUUUCCAACGCAUGGUGCAGACGCAAGAGCCUACUACUGUUCAACGGAUGGUGCAGACGCAAGAACCUACCAUUCAGGAGCAAAAUCCGGAGGCAGCCGUUGAGAUGAGUGCAACUCUCUCACAUGCUGACGACCCUGAAACACCGGUGGACGAGAGGCGAGAACUGGUAUCCGAGAGGGAGGUCCAAGCCCCAGUCUCAGCAUUUAACUUUGGCAAUCUGCAGCACGAGCAGCACAUCAUCACCGAGUCUCUCCCUGAAGUACCACCGGAAGCACCGACGCCACCCCUUCGUAGCCAAAACCGCGUUCCCAUCGAAGACCGCAUCCAGCAUCUCGAAAGCGCGUACGAAAACCUCGAAGGUUCCAUCCGCCGCAUAUCAACUCGCAACAACCGCCAGACCAUCAUUCUUGAGAACGCGCCCAAAAACCUCCGCACACGAGACCGUAGCGCCUCGACACGGUCCAUCUCCGCAUCUCGCUCCCACUCGCGCUCCCAACCCAGCAUCCACCAAGAGCCCAUUCACCAACCAAGCAUCGAUACUCUGAACCCUGGCCCCCCUUCACCUACCCUCGUCCUACCCCCAAGCACACUCCCUCUUCCCGACCAAGCCGGCAAAGACGUCCUUCACACCGUGUACGAAGCACUGCGACACGAGCGUGCAGCACGCAAAGCGCUCGAGGCCCAAAUCCGCACUCUGCAACACGAUGUUUCGGAUCUCCACGCCCUGGUCAACAAACUGAUUGUUUCGGCCACGGCCACGAGUCCAAACUACCCCACGCCAUCACCCGAUACGCUGGUCAUCUACAGCACGGAGGACCGGCUCUCGACGCCCCGCGCAGAACGUAAACUCGACUAUGCACAGCAGCAACAGCAGCGGCAGGAUGAGGAGCGGCAGCGGCAGCGCACGCCGAGUGUAUACAGCACGAGUGAGAACGCGAGUGUGAGUACGUAUGAUGGUAAUAGUAGUACAAGAGGGUACGACGACGUUGCUACGCCGGAUGUUUGGGCAACGCCCAAGGAGGAGAGGUUCGCGGGCAGUGGGUAUUUCACGGGCGAUGGGAGGGACCACCUGUCUCACACUACUUUCAUCCUUUCUGUUGUUCAUGGCUCAGAUGCGGAUCGGAUUGUGGCAUUGACGUCGAAAGAGGCUGAGGGAAGAUAUCAGUGUGCAGUGGCUUGUCCUAUCCGAUAUCUCAGAGCAGUCACUACAAUCCGCGUCGACGACGACGAAGACACAACCAACUUUACCCUGUCUAUAAAUCGACGAUUCGCAAAUCUUCAAAAUACGUUGACAACGCUCUCCAGGCACCGCAGCGCGAAGCAAAAGAGAGUGAUCGGAUUGCCGGAUCUCUCCGCCAGAGUUUUCCGAGUCUACCAUCAUUGUCUGCUCACUGGCAGAUUGAAUUGCAGCCUUGGGCCAUCUGCAAAGCAACAUGGCAAAGAGUUGACACUUCUAAUCGAGGCCGCGCUUCUGGGCGACUAUUUGGAGGACACUGCCUUUGGUGAUGUCCAUCACCGAUGCAACGAUCCGUUGCGUUGGUAUUCUGCGGCCAUGGUACCCGUAUUUUUCUGUCGUCUUUGGCAUGCUCUUGUACGGGAUGCUUCCUGA